CGCAGGCCCCGCCCCUUUCCAUCUGAGGGGCGGCAGGAGGGGGCCUGGGGCAAGAUGGCGGUGAAUCAGAGCCACACCGAGAACCGCCAAGGGGUCUUCAUUCCUUUUGGCGACAGUGUCUUGACACAUUAUCAGGAUGUGGACCUCUCCUUCCCACAGCAACCAGAGAGAUGCAAUCUUUUCAGUGGUACGAAGAAGGGGACAGUAUUUCUCACUUCAUACCGGGUGAUCUUCAUGACUUCACACUUAGUCAGUGAUCCCAUGUUGUCUUUCAUGAUGCCAUUUGAUCUGAUGAGUAACUGUGCCAUUGAACAACCAGUCUUUGCUGCCAACUACAUUAAAGGGACCAUUCAGGCAGCUUCGGAUGGUGGCUGGGAAGGACAGGCUACUUUUAAAUUAACCUUCAGAAAAGGAGGUGCCAUCGAAUUUGCCCAGUUGAUGAUGAAAGCUGCCUCUGCUGCUGCCAGAGGAGUUCCACUUGGAAGUAUGAAUUACUGGUUCAGCCCUCCAGGAUUGUAUGUAGUUACGGGGCAGGGGAAUAUGAUGUGCACGCAACAGAUGCCUUGUCCAGCAUACCCAUUUGUUGUCUAUGGACCCCCACAGGUGGGAUACGGACCCCCACAGGCUGGAUACGGACCCCCACAGGCUGGAUACGGACCCCCACAGGCUGGAUAUGGACUCCCACAGGCUGGAUACGGACACCUGCAGGCGGAAUAUGGAUACCCAUCAGGGGGAUACAGACCCCCACCUGCGGGAUAUGGAGCCCCACCAGGGGCAUACAGAGCCCUACCAGCUGGAAACGAAACCUCACCUACUGGAAGUGAAAACUCAGUGGCUGGAAAUGAAACCCUGCCUCCGGGAUAUGAAAUUUCACCUGCUGGAAUUAGAGCUGGGUGUAGCAAAUCUGUGGCAAUCCACUCUCCUGGGUAUGAGGCUUCUCUUCCCCAUGCCUCAUCUUCUCAGAUCCGCUCACCCUCUUCCAGGAAUUAAACCUUGAAGACUCGCUGAGCAAAGUGGCACCCGAAAACCGAAGUCAGGAUAGGAAGGUGGACUCAGGUAUAUGCUUAAAGUCAUACAUGUACCAGAUGGAUUUGAAGUGAAGUCCAGCAACCUAGAAGGGUAAGCAGGUCCAAGCCUCCUGAAAGUGGAAUUCUGUCAUGUUCUCCCCUGCAAAGGGAACUUGGUCACCUGUUUCCCCAAGCUGCUGGAAUACAACCAAAGGUGGUAACCGUAUAGAGGACAAAUCCGGCAAGAGUUCAGUGAGGCCUGUUCUGUGCUGAAACACUAAUGCUGAGUCAUUCGAAUCCCCACUGACAUUUUGGAUGCCUCCUUCCUGAUUGAUCCCUGAGCUGGUGGAUUCAUCAUCUUCCUGUCUCCUCCCCAGCUGCAAUACAGAAUCUGCUCUUGCUUUUUGUA